UUAAUUGGCCACAAUCAGACGCCCUUUAUUUUUGAUAUCAACAGAGUAAAACUAGAAUAUUUUCAGUAUUACAUUCAGAUGUUUCAUUAUUUGCAAAGUCACCGUGUAAAUAUUCAGUUGCUGCAGGAGUCCGCUUGUAGGGAGAUUGUAAAUCUUCUACAGCUAAUUGACGGUUCCAAACAGUUGCUUUUAGAUGAAGAAAUACUGGGACCUCUGGGUUUGGUAGCCUCUCCAUCCCUAUUUUCAGACCGGAACGUAAAGCUACUAAAGCUAAACGUAGACACACAACUACCACGCGAUGCCUCUAAUAUCGUUUACAUAGUUCGGACAAAACUGCGGCUCAUGGACAUAGUAGCUGAACAUGUAAAAAGGAAUCGAGAUAAAAAGCGGCAGUUCCACAUAUAUUUUGUACCACGGAAAUCUUGUCUGUGCAUUAAACACUUAGAGAAUUUAAAAGUUUAUGAUAACUUUACCCAAAUUAAAGAGUUGGAAUGGAAUUUCCUUCCUAUAGACAAUGAUAUCGUUUCAAUGGAAAUGCCGUUUGCAUUCCAUGAUGUUGAAGUUGAUGGUGAUCCGACAGUCUUGUAUCAGGCAGCUGUUGGAUUGGUACAACUACAACGUCUCUAUGGACGUAUACCAAAAAUCUAUGGGAAAGGUGGUAAUUCACAAAGAGUUUGGGAGCAUGCAAAACAACUGGGUACGGAAGAAAAGAUGUGGAACAGUGACAAAGGCUUGAUAGAUCAAAUUAUACUUCUUGACCGUUCAAUUGACAUUCUAAGUGCGGUGGCUACGCAACUUACAUAUGAAGGUUUAAUCGAUGAAUUUUUCGGUAUCAAAAAUAACCAAAUUGUAUUGCCUGCUGAAUUGUUCACCUCACGUAACGAAGAACAAAGCCCAUCUCAGCCUCAACUUGUAGCAGAAAAAAAAACUAUAUUUUUGAACUCAGGAGAAAAGUUGUACGCAGAAUUGAGAAAUAAAAAUUUUAACGAAGUUGGAAAAAUUUUAUCUCGUAAUGCUCGAGAAAUUAGUGCCCAAAUGAACGCGAAUGCACAGGAUGCAUCGGUACAGGAUAUGAAACGCUUUGUAGACAAGUUGCCAGCGUUGUUGGCACAAAAACAAUCUGUGGCAGUGCAUACCACGAUAGCGGAAUUGAUUCGAAAACAAUUGGAUGUGUUCGAAUUUUCCGAUGACCUCGCAGCCGAGCAAGAGUUUAUGAUGUGUGAGGACAUAGACAAGGCCAGUGCCUAUAUUGAAGGUCUAAUUGCCAAAAAAAGCGAUAUUCGAAAUGUGCUACGUCUACUGUCAAUGCAAUGUGCCGCGGCUUCCGGAUUCAAGGAAAAAGUUUUGAAUUAUUAUAAACGCGAACUGGUGCAUGUAUACGGUCUUGAUGUUUUACUUAAAAUAAGUAAUUUGGAAAAGGCAGGCCUACUCUACACUCAAUCAGAAGCGCGGGCAUAUGCAGUAUUGCGAAAGACCCUAAAUUUGACUGUGGACGACGUCGUUGAAGUGGAGCCAAAAGAUAUAAGUUAUGUACAUAGUUUUUAUGCACCGUUGACUGCACGAAUCGUGGAACAGACACUCAAACCUCUGGGUUGGCAAUCAUUGAAAAGCCAAAUCAAUAAUUUACCAGGUCCAACUUUUGAAGAUUUUCAAGCACAGUUAACUGGUAUCGGUGGUCGCCACAAUUCAACUACACCGAUCGAUGGUUCAGCUCUCAACAUUCCACGUGUCAUUAUGAUAUUUUUCAUAGGUGGCUGUACAUUUGCGGAGAUCGCAGCGCUAAGAUUUCUUUCUCAGCAGGAAGAUAAUAACGUUGAAUUCAUUAUAGCCACUACAAAAAUUAUAAAUAAACAUAGUUUUAUAGAUUGUUUAAUGUAAUAAAAAAGUGAUUUGUUUAUGACUCUUGUAAAAACCA